GCUAUCUCCAUGGUGAUGGCGAGGACGCGCAGAGAGGAGCAGGGAGGCGGGGACGAGCGUGUAUCUUGUGUGUGUUGGGUACAGUCAAGGAUUCAGUAAAGUGACGUGAGCGGAUCAGACGGAUUCUGUGGCUGGACAAAGGGAGUCUGAGCCUGGUUAACAUGUCACCUCCCUUCACCCCUGGAUGUUGCUCCUGUUCUGGACAGUCUCCAUCGCACAGCAGACAAGGGAGGGCUGACCUCCAAGAAUGAAAAUGGGGAGUGCAUUUCAGAAGGCUGCUUCUGUCUUAUCUUGCAGCCCUGAUGAUGAACUGAGCUGCGUUUCAACCGACAUGGAUGAAGUAAUGGCUGACAGGAUGCUGGAUGCCUGCCACAAGAAGAUAAAGAGGCUCCCAGUUCCGAUCUGCUCGUUUACACAUGUAGAGAAGUUAUACAUCAGCAACAACAAGUUGAGGGAUCUCCCCAAUGAGUUUGAGCAGCUGGUCAACUUAAAGAUUCUAGCACUGGACUUUAACAAAUUUGAGGAUGUGCCUAAAGUUAUAUGCAAUAUGCAAAAUCUAACCCGGCUCUACCUUGGUAGCAAUAGAUUAAUGACAAUUCCUCCAGAGUUUAGGAAUCUAGAAAAUCUCAGGUGUCUAUGGAUAGAGAGCAACUAUUUCAGAAAAUUUCCCAAACAGCUAAUUAAUAUGCCCAGUCUGAGGUCACUCCAGAUGGGAGACAACAAGCUAAAGACUUUACCAGAGGAUCUGGUUCGGUUCAUAAAUUUGCGUGGAUUUUGGUUGUAUGGAAAUAGAUUCGAGGACUUCCCGAAGGUAUUACUAAAAAUGGAAUUUCUAGAAAUCAUUGAUGUGGACAAAAAUAAAAUCACUGAGUUCCCUAAUAUGGAACACCUUUCAAGGCUGAAACUGCUUUCCUAUGACCAUAAUCCUGCAAAGCGCCCACCAAGUGUCGCAGAUGGCGUCACACUGGUAGGUGAAGGGGCAGCCGAAUUAAGGGCUGCCAGGGCUCUAGAAGGUGAAGAGAAUGAUGAAAAUCAGGAACCUCUGCACAGCAUCCUCAAAAAUGGCUCCAUGGGACUGGAAACGGAGGGCAACUUCUCCACUUUAGACUGUUCUCAAGAGGAGACAUGAGAUCAACUGCAGAUACCAGCCGCGGAAUAUCACACACCAGGCACAGAGUGAAGACAGCUCCUUUGAAGUCAUUGUGAGAUGGUGGUUAACUCACUCUGGAACAGUAGGAAAUGGAGUAGGCAGUUGAAGAUAUAAAUGGCCCAAGGGACUAGAACUGGAUGAAAAACACAGUCAAACACAAAAACAAUAGAAAAGUUGGUUAUUUCUAUGUAUGACGCAAUUUAAGUCAGAUUACAGGAAUGGGUGUUUAAACCAGUCAGGGCCCUUUUAAUGAAAGAUUUUACUGUGAUAGAUUUCUCAGCAGAUUGUGUUAACAAUGUGGAUGAGCCACAUGCAAUUUAGGACCAUAUGUAUCUGUAUUACCAGAUUAACUCAAAAAUGUCUAUAACUCUGCAACGCAGUGAGAAAAUAACAGUUGGAUAAUACUUCAUAAGAGAAAGUGGUCAAGAACUGUUAUAAUUAUUAAAGUAAUGAAGCAUGAGGGUCAGUUUUCAUAUUGCAAUAAUAUUUGGGGUGAGAGUUACAUAUUUAUUAAUAAGUUGUUCUUACUAAUAAAUUUGUAAUGAAUAAAGCAUCACAAGAAUGUGUUACUCUCACACAA